GAAACAGAUAUUACCGGUGCCGACGCCAAAGAUGCCGGACAUCGCAGAGCCAAACUCAAUUCUGAUCGGGGUUGAAAUUUCCCUGGGCAUUGUGGGACUGAUCGGCAAUCUCCUCGUAGCUGUGGCAAUCGUCAGGAGCAAGUCUUUGCACAGCCUCACCCACUAUUUCCUCCUCAAUCUGGCCAUAGCCGACAGUCUGGUGUGCGUCACUGGCAUUGUAAGCUCCCGGUUUUCCAUUUUAUAUAUCGUAUGCAGGCAAGAUACUUUGAGCUGGCAUGCAGUGGCAGCUUAUACUUUCUUGAAAAGAUGCAUUCCAGAGCAAUCUGUACUGAGUCUGUUGUUGGUCACAUUUGAGCGAUACAUUGGCAUCGUUCAUUCUCUCCGACACCGCAGUUUUUUUAUGAGGAGAAGAGUCAUCGUUCUGAUUUGUUUUGUUUGGUUCACGCCAGUCCUCGUAGAAACUCGGCCAUCGGUAUGGUUACUCCUGAGAAUUCAGACACUAAAUUGCUCAGAGCCCGAAUUUGUAUCUAACCCUGACCCCAAUCCAUACCUUCAUGGGAUUGGUUUUGUGAUUCUGAGUGCCCUACUGCUGUUUGCUGCACCGGCUGCUGCAAUGAUCUGGAUGUAUGUUCAGAUCGUGAGGGAUCUGAAGCAGAGUGCCCGUAGAAGGCAGAAUCUGGGCAUGCAGGGAUGCUACCCUGCUGAGCUACAUCGGGCCAGGCAGAGGCUCACCCACACCCUGCUGCUGGUCACCGCCGCGUUCCUGGCGCUCAUUCUGCCAGAAAGGGUCGUGUCUUUGGUGGCCACGGCCAUCUUCAACAACACAUCAUCAGAGUCAUAUGGCAUUGCCCUGCAGUGUGCGGUAAUUUUAUCCCUGAUCAACUCUGCAAUCAACCCUGUCCUGUAUGGUCUCAAGUACGACAGAUUUCAGCAGGCGAUUGUAUCCACCUUCUGCUGUCGGUCGAACACUGCCGUGAACCAAAGCAAUCCACAUGCGAAGAUGAAUGUUCAACCAUUAGCACCACCACAGUUAAGAAAACUCAGAACUUCGCCGAUCUACUGCGAAACUAGCGUUUAGGGUGACAUUUUUGUGUCGCCUUGAUAAAGGUUUAGGAGACACGAACCAGUCCUAAAUUCUGUUUAACCGUACAUGUAUGUAGCGUAUGUGUGUUAAAGUUUUUGGAAUUACUCUCUUUUCCUAACUAUUUACCCGAAUUCCAUAAAAAACUUGGACACGAGGGUCAUUGAUUAGCAAAUAUAAUGUGGGAAAGUUUUCGGAUCAAAGGUCAUAGUGAAAGGUCAACUGAGGUGAAUAAUGAUGUAAUUCACAGUUUUUUGAA